AUGAUCGAAGAUGCAAAAUCAUUUAAGAAUACAAUGACACUCUCCAGAGCAGUACAUCAUUGGAAAAAUGGUGGCAUUUCAUUGUGGGAUAUGAAACUACGAAAUGACGCUCAACACAUUUGGAUACUAAAUAGAGUAAUUGCAAAUCAAGAUGUCUAUUCCCCAUACUACCAAAGCUGGCGUAACCAGAUUAGACAUAACAAGAUAACCUCACCUACACUCAAACAUUCCAUCCUUCUUUGGCAACAUUUUAGACCAAUUAUGAAAUUACCUCCACAUCAAAUGAAACCAAUAUUGCGUAAUGACGAACCACUACCACUUAAACUCAUAUACCACAACCUUAUCAACCAUCACCACAAACCAGUACUUACAUCAGGUCAAUUCCAACUGUCUCUUCCCCCCACCAAAAUAGACUUUACAUCAAACCGAAACAUCUUCUACUACAUUAACUCCAUCAAACACCACAGAGGUAGAAACACAGUAUUCAGAUUCUUCUCAGGAUCACUUCCUGUCAUCCUAAACAAAUUCACCUCAACACAUCACACAACAUCUACAAAUUGCCACUACGAAGACGAAUGGUCACUGGAAAAAUCUACUACUCACUUCUACCUCUGCGAUGAAUCAUCAGACCUAACAGCGAUCAUCUACCACAACAUUUGGAAACAUGUCAAUUCAAUUCUAUUCAGUCAAGAUGACAAAAUACUCGAUUUCUCCAACCAAUCUAUUAUAUCCGACUUCGAUAUCCACAGAAACAUUCUAAAAUUAAUAAACAACAUUCCAACUCCAGCCAACUAA